AGAAGCAUCAAGUUGUGGGAAUUUACGUUAUUCUGUUGAUUUUAGGUGAAUUUCAUCAAAAAGUUUUUAAUAAAAGUUUUAAAGAACAUGAAAGGGAUAAUUAGUUUAUUUUUUGCUCUUUUUGUUGUUGUGUAUUCAAUCCCAGUGCUUGAGGAAAAUCCUCAAAAGAGUGUUGUGAAACUAUCACCUGUUGAGGUAUCAGAAGAUAAUGCUGAAGAGGAGGGAGUUGAUCUACAGCCUGCAGAACAAUUUUAUAUUGGACUUGCAUCACCCUUUGGUGGACCAGGAGGUCCCUACGGAGGCUAUGGUUAUGGAGGAUAUGGAGGAUAUCGAGGCUACGGAUUUCGAAGACACGGCUGGGGAGGACAUUCUCAUAGUUUUUCCAGCUCCAGUAGUUCCAGUCAACAAUACUGGGGUUAAAGGGCAUAGGUGCUCUACAGUUCCGUUGUUAAUUUCUUUGAUUAAGAAAUAAAAAUUGUUAUUUUA